UAUCCUGCCCUUGGUGUCUUAUUACAGCCUUCUCUAAUUAAACAUGCAAUCUAUUUUUAUGGUUGUUUAUUUUCCAGGUUGCUGGAUGCUUUUGAGGGUAAAAUUGGUUCUUCAAUUGAAACUGCUGUUUCUAAUAAAAUAAAAGAUGCAAUUGUGAAGCUCGACUCCCUAUUGCAAUCACUUCCUAAAGAAGUACCAGUUACUGAAAUCGCUACACUCAAUGUUACAUUAGUGGAUGAUCCAGAUUUUAGCGGUUCAUCGGUUGACCUCGAAAUAGAUGGGUUAAUCUCUAGUAAGAAUGAAGUUGCCCAUACCACCCAUAAUCAUAGAUUACUACAAGAUUCCUUCGCCUGCAAGGAAGCUGAUAAGAUGGUCCGAAUCUCACUGCAUGAAGACGUGCUUGGAUCAGCGUCAUCAGUUUACUUUGAGGCAAGCAAGAUGCACUGGAUGAUUGAUAAAGCUUCGGAUCAAACUCUCAUGAACACAGCUGGGUGGAGGUUUAUUGUUCCACAGUUGUACAAGAUGUAUCCGAAUCAUGACUUGAAUCUAAAUCUUUCUGUAUCAUCCAAUCCAACCAUAAAAAUCAAGAAGCAGCAGAUCAUAGCACAAAUCCCCUUAGAUGUGGUGAUUGAUGUUUUGGAUGGGGAGGAAUUGGUGCCAGUUGUAUGCAUUUACACGGUGAUCCGUGCUUCUGUAUCUGCUGAAAUUUCACAGAAUGUGGUGUCUGGUGUUUUAAAACUAAUGGACUUCACAAUGUCUCUUAAAUGGAGUCAUAUUGGUGACUUGCACAUGCAUCUAAUCCAGACAAUAAUGUCCACAACACUCAAAACUGUCAUCGUGCCAUACAUAAAUUUAAAACUAGGUAAAGGAUUUCAAAUUCCAUCCUUCCAUGGAUACAAGCUUCAAGACGCUCAAUUUAUCUGCUCGGAUUCUUGGAUUGUCAUAUGCAGCAAUGUGGCACCCUUCUCAAUCAUUCUACCACGUGUAGUCUCUAUCAACUGA